UCGGGAUCGCUUACGCCAAAACCAAAAUGGGAUCUCUAACAGACCAUAUAUGGAUGUGUUUUGUACUCAUCUGUACUACAAGUGGAUUCCAUACCAUCGAUAUCCUUGAUAUUCACCAGCGUAUUAAUAUCUUUGGAACUAAUUCUACGCAUCUAAUGCCAGACUUCAGACACAUCUCCGUGGAAGAGUUAAAUAUUGAAAGUAUGUCCGACGUAAAACAAUUUCGAAAACGCCCACCGAGACGCUUGUAUCAAUUGACAAUUGAUAAUGAAACGUUCCUUCUGAAUUUACGGCCUAACACGGAUAUGUUCACGGACGAUUGCAUUAUACGUGUAAUCGAUGAAAAUGGCACCACAACAGUUCGGCCAUGCUCCGAUUAUAAUAUUGACUGUUUCUACACCGGAAGUACAAAUGUUCAUAACGACUCCUGGGUGGCGGCUAAUGUAUGCGGUGGUCUAAGAGGACUGAUUAGUUAUGGAAACACAAGUUUGGUUAUACAUCCAUUCGUCAACGAGCGCAAUUCUUCCGAUCUUGCUAAUCAUAUCGUCUAUCGUUACCAGAGUGAAAAAUAUGUAUGCAAGACGGACGGGUCCCCUGUUUGGACACACGUGGUACUUCCGCCAAAGAAGAGAGAUGUGCCAAGAAGAUUUAUUGAAGCUGGGGUGAUAGUUGAUCCUGCCAUGUACCAAUAUCAUCGUGACAAAAUAAUAAAUUACGUUUUCACCGGGUUCAAUAUUGCCUCGAAACUGUACGCUGAUCCAUCAAUAGGUACCGGCAUUGAACUGCUUUUGAAGGAGUUGGUAAUAUUCAGGUCUAACAAUGGAUUUGAUGUGAAUAACUCAGCAGACGCAAAUAAAACGUUAGUCAGCAUGUGCAAAUUCCAAAGCCACCAUCAGACCUUGCAAACCACAGAUGUUACUAUGAUGCUAACUAGGCUAGACAUAGAACACAGAGGCGUCCGCUCAACUACCGGGCUGGCUAAUUUGGGUGGCGCUUGUGAUAAAACCAAAAAGUGUGGUAUCGUGGAAGACACGGGUCCAGUGUUUGGAAUCACUUUAGCGCAUGAAAUUGGCCACUUACUUGGUAUGAGCCAUGACGGUAGUGGGAACAAUACUUGUACACCUCAUAUUAUGUCACCGGGCGGACAAAGUGGUAUAGAAGGAUUUACCUGGUCGGAUUGCAGUGCGUCACAACUGCACGAAGCACUGCCACGUUUAAGUUGUUUAAGGAACAAUCCAGGCAGACAUUCCGGAACAUUUAAACGUGACUACAAACUACCAGGCAUGAUAUAUACGGCAAAUGACCAAUGUCAGUUAUUAUUUGAUAAAAGCGCAAAAUCAAUACUAUCAACAAGGGACCAACCAUGUAAAAAUCUUUGUUGUUAUGUCAACGGUGCCGGUUCAUGUUCAUCUCAGCCCGUGAUGGAUGGCACUGACUGCAACAACACGAGAUCUUGGUGCUUCAGAGGGUCAUGUGUCAAAAUGAAUGAAACGUUCAACACUGCACCAAUUGAUGGUGGUUGGUCAAAAUAUGAAGACAACUUUACUUCGUGUACGGCAACAUGCGGAGGUGGUGUCAAACUUAAGUACCGCUAUUGUAAUAAUCCAGUGCCACAGUACGGUGGGCGGGACUGUUCCGGUCCGAGCUUCAUUGCUAAAAUAUGCAACGUCGUUCCUUGUAAUUAUGCACCGGCAGUACAAGACUUAUGUCAGAAAUUAAACAAGGUACUUCCGUAUUCUGCCAAAGGGCAAUGGCACAUGGACCAAAACGAUCCUCAAAGGAUGGGUGAUGAAGGCUGUAAAUACGUUUGCAAAACGAAUAAUUCUGACAAACCAAACUAUGCUGUAAAACUUCCAUAUCCUGAUGGCCGGACGUGUACCCAUAUGAACCUUAACCCACUUAGUAGGUGCAUAUCAAGUGUCUGUAGAUCGUUUGGUUGCGAUGGUUUAUUGGGGUCAAAUUAUAGUUACGAUUCCUGUGGAGUGUGUAAUGGUAAUGGUAAGACCUGCCGUAAGGUAAAAUUAACUAUCGCACAUAAACUUACAAGCUACCAAAAUGGGUUCCAGGCAGUAACAAUUGUGCCACAGGGCAGCACAGACGUUGUGAUAGAACAAAAUAACACCGAUGUUUACCUUGGUAUCAAAGUUAACAAUAUCACUUUGUUUGAUGCAGGAAACGUACAGAAUGAGACUUUAAUUGAUACACAUGGAGUGCGACUAAUAUAUAGGUCAUAUCCUGAAUCCAUCAGAAUCAACGGACCCUUAUUGGACAAUUUCCUAAUAGUUGCACAGACCAGGUCUUCAGCGAAUCAUAGCAGAGGCUUUUCUGUUAGCGUAAAUUAUCAUGUUACGGAUUAUGAUGUUAUUUCCAGAUACUACUGGGGCGAGCGCAAAAGCACGUGUUCACGAUCUUGUGGUGGGGGUCUGCGCCCACACAACAUUACGUGCAUGGAUGGUUUUAUGUUUAAUAUUAAAGCGGAAGAUUACCUCUGUGACAUCCGCACAAAACCAAAUGAGGAACCUACCCCUUGUAAUGAGCACCCCUGUCCAUACAGAUGGUCAACUGGAAACUGGAGUGAAUGCUCGAUAACAUGUGGCCAUGGACUAAAGACGAGAGAUAUUAAUUGUUUGCAAUUCCAAGACGGAGUACAUUACGUUGUGCCGGACAUUUUGUGUGCCAGUGAAAGAAGACCUGACAAUCAAAUGUCUUGCGAUCUUGGAAGAUGCUGGAAAUGGCAUAUAAAGCACGAGUCAUCGUGCUCAAAGACAUGCAGCGAAGGUUUUAAGAAUAGAACUAUCAUUUGCGUCGAAGCCGAUACACUUCUUGAGUUAUCCAUUGACCAAUGUGACGAGGAGAAGAAACCAUCUGACAUAGUUAGCUGCAAUCACGGACCUUGUAUGAAAAGUACAACUUGUGUUGAUGACACUGCGUUUUGUAAGUUUAAAUAUGGUGACGAUAUUUGCCAUGGCACGUACUCUCAUUGGGCUGAACAGAAUUGCAGAAAAUCGUGCGGCGUUUGUGUAAAGGAAGACAACGCUUUAUGUUUACAGUACGGGAACUUUGGAAAAUGGGACGAUCUUUGCAAGGGAAGGUAUUCGAACUGGGCCGCAAGCAACUGUCGCUUGACUUGCUCCUCCUGCACUUUUGAAACUGAUCAAACCAACUGCACUGAUAUGUUCUAUAUUGACGCAUGCACUGACAGCAGGUACCAAAGGUGGAUGAGCAAACAAUGUGGCCGGUUUUGCUGCUCGAAUCUGGUUUAUUGAUGUUAGCUUAACGUUUUAGCAAGAUGCUACUUGUUUGAUUGUGACUGCGCUUAUUUAAUGACAUUUUUAUCAGCUAUGUUGUUGUGUGUUUUUUUGUAGUUUCAGGAAGCUAAUUUUUUUUUGAGAACUAUUUUUAUUGAAAAUUGCCAUAUCAUAUGUUUUACUCACACAUAAUAUUAAAUAGGUUUAUGUGGGAUGUAUAUACUAAACUAACUUUUAUUGGCAUACAACUAUAAAUCGUUACUGUACCAACCACCCGAGUUAUUGAAAUUAUACAAUUUUAAUCAAGCGGGCUUAUUUCUGUAACCUUUUUGUACCAUACAUUCAGUCUUAUAAUGCAAUAAGUAACGUGAGCAUAUUGAAAUAUCGUUGAACCUUACCAUUGCCUACAAGUAACCUUUCUUAUAGGAAAUAUAUGAAAAAAGGAAACCACGCUUCAAUAUAGUACAACUAUUAUUUAAAAUAUUCAAAAUAAGUAUUGCCAAGUCCACGCUUUAAAUAAAAUUGCCAUUAUUUAUAUGUGUUCGGUUCUGUUCUACUUUUUGUAAAGAAGCAUAUAAAACUAGUUUGUACAAAAUAACCUUACGCGGUACUGAUUUCUGUUUUAAUACUUGUCAGCAGUACUAUUGUAAUGCUUCAUAAUGCUUUAGACGCUUUAGACUAAUACGACUUGUUUUUGUAAAUACAAAUUAUCUUUGGUGUACUUGUUUUUGUUAUAUUCUGACAUAUCUUGUCGGAAUAGUUUGGUUACGAUUGGUUCGUUCUUGUGUUACUUACAUUUAUUAAUAAUAAUCAUGGUGUUUGUGCUCGAUAUAGGUUCGUUUGAUUGGCUCUUUUUUGUUAUUGUAUUAUUGUUCUUGUCGCUAAUUCUGCAUUACUGUUUUAUUUGAUUUUGGAUGAUGGAUUUAUUGCAAUGUAUGUUAUAUGAUUUAAA